GUCUACUUCUAUACCACUCCGUAUGCCUAGCAUUUUAUCUCCAAACACUAUACCAGACUCAUUUAACGAGAAGCACAUCAUAACGAGAGAUCAUGUAGAAGGAAGCAGUGUAGAUGAGACAGAUUCAACCACAAGUACAACACCUUCACUCCUACCUGCCAAUACUGAUACAAAAUCAGGAUCGCCCAGCCAAAACUCUUCUGUUUCCUCCUCUUCUUCUCCUAUCAUCAACCAUCCAAAUUUAUUGCGUGAAAAAGCUGAAUUAAGCAAAUCCAGGAAUCGACCUUCUAACCUUGAGUCAGCUCGUAUCAACACAUCCAUUCGUUUUCACGAUACAAAAGACGAAAGUCGACCGAGUAUUUUCCUUUUCAUAUUUGUCAAUCCACUCUCGGGGGAUUGCAAGGGUGAAGACUUGCUUAAUCUUCCUUUCCAGCAUUUUCGUCCAAGACGAUUUCCUCAAGUUCAGGUAGAAAUCCACAAUAUCUUGGACGAAAAAGAUCGUGCGAUGGGUAUAGAAAGCAUCCAGCUUGUAGAGACAAUGGCCAAGUUUAAUAAACUACCUCCGCUUGACGAUAAGGAAGGCAAACAGAACAGUAGAAUCAGUGAGACUGUAAGAACACGCCAUAUACAUGUCUGGUCUGCAGGUGGCGAUGGUACUGUCAUGAGUGUAUUUGAAAUGCUUGUUCAUCAUCGUGUCGACCUCAAUAGCCUGUUCUUUUCUUGCAUCCCGUUUGGUACUGGCAAUGAUUUUAGUCAAGUCUUGGGCUGGGGAAGAACAAUUCCUCACCCAAACAUUCUAGGCAAAAAACUGCGAUACUUUGAAGAUUUAAUUACUGAGAGACUAGAGAAAUCAGAGGCUGCUCGUUUGGAUAUUUGGCAAGUCGAGAUGACAGCACAUACUUCGGGCUAUGUCAGGCUAGCUGGCCCUCAACGCGAUGAUGGGCAUGAUGCAGUAGAAAUCAAUUCGCAGGAACCGCAACAUACUGUUCCUCCAAGUAUAGUUCGAAAGAUGUGUAAUUAUAUGAGUAUUGGUGUUCAAGGAUAUGUUGGAAGUGGCUUUGAGAAACAUAGAGCAGGAAAUCGCUGGGCCAACAUGAUGGUCUAUGCUUCGGAAAGCGCCAAAUGGCUCUUUUGGAGACGUUUCCCUUCUGUUACUCAUUUCAUAGAAAAGAUCGUUUACAACAAUGAAACGGUGCUUGUCUGUCCUCCUCCUUUAGAGAAAAAUCAGCCUAAUCAAUCAGAAGAAAAUGAAAAUACCCCAAAGAUGACAAGGAAUCCUAUUGACUUUGUUAUUCAAAACAUUCCUCAUAUUUGGGGCAGAGAAGUUGAUUUGUGGGGAGAAGCAAAAUACGGCCUCGAAGUUGUAGAGAAUCGUUCAAAGUACACUGAUUCUGAGAACUGGACACCACAAUUAGCUAAUGAUGGUAAGAUGGAAGUCAUGUCCAUUGAAAACACCUUUAGCUACCUCAAAAAAUUAGCCAACUUCCGUCAGCAUGUAUCCCGCAUUGGACAGUUCGAAACUCCUUUUGAAAUAAUCUUUCGCGAACCACAAGAUACCAAAAAGAAAAAAUCGUGGUGGCCAUUCAGUCGAGAUAACAAGUUUAAGCGAGACAACAUUAUCUGUAUUAUGUGUGAUGGUGAAUUCUAUGUACUCAAGGAUCCUAAAUCUUUAAGGUUUAAGCGUUUUGCUCAGAUUUGGACGCUUGGAAAGCUAGAUGAAAGGACAAAAGGCAGACUGGUGCAAGAUGAACAAAUAUUGAACGAACAAACUACAAACAGUAUCUAAUAUCUCUGAAUAGCUAUAAUCUUAAUCAUAAUUAAAAUUUCAAAAAAUG